AUGAUCAAAGCUGUGAGUAGGACCACAUUACAGUCGGUAGUUUCCAAGAUUGUGAAACAUUAUCCAAGCCAGUAUGCGGAUAGUUCGUGGGAUAAUACGGGAUUAUUGAUUGAUUGUUCUGAAGAGGACGGUGAAGCCCACGUGAAAGCGUUACUUACCAUAGAUUUGACGAAAGAAGUCGCGCAGGAAGCAAUUGACAAGCAGUGCAACUUGAUCAUUGCAUAUCAUCCGUUCAUUUUCCCCAAUUUGAAGUCGAUUAGACCAUUGGAAAACACGCAACAGAAUUCUUUAAUCAAGUUGGUCAAGAACAAUGUCAGUGUCUAUUGCCCACACACCGCCGUGGAUGCUGCGAAAGGUGGCGUCAACGACUGGCUAUCUCUGGGUCUGGUCUCGUACCAACCAGACAAAAUUAAAUCCAUUACGUCAAUCGAAAGAUUAUCCAAUCCGAAGUUGCUCGUCGGUACAGACACCAUGGAAGAAGUUGGUUACGGCAGAGUUGUUCAGUUCCACACAGCUUUAUCAUUAUCCGCCAUUAUCAACAGUUUGAAAGCUCUAAUGAACUUACAACAUUUGCAGGUGAGUUCCAAUGUGAGGAACCUCGAUACGUAUAUGGUCUCCGCUGCUGCAGUCUGUGCAGGCAGCGGUGCUGGGGUGUUCAAAGCCCUGUCACCAACGGAUCUCCAAGCCAUUGACCUCAUUUUCACUGGUGAAUUGUCGCAUCACGACGUCCUAAGAUACAAAGAAAUGGGUAAAGCAGUCAUUGUCUGCAACCAUUCAAACUCGGAACGCGGAUACCUCAAGGACGAAAUGCUCCCCAGACUUGCCAACGAGGGCAUCGACUGUACUGUCAGUGACACCGAUAUGGACCCACUGCGUGUUAUCUAA